GUGAGGCGGGCUCUACUGUUCGGGCGGAAGGCCUCUCUGUUAGUUCUGCGGAGACUGCAGCGUCUCACACUACAUUUUCUUCCUCCGCGAAGCUCCGAGAGUGAUGUGAUGUGAAUAUCAAUGAUGAUACAUGAGCCAAUGCGCUCAUUCUCGUCGUCUCCAUAAAUCUGAAAGUUUGACAGAGAGCAGCAUGGCGGAGCUUCCUGCUGAACAGGACACGGCAAAAGAACAAGAGAGUGAUGCGUCGCAUAAUCGUCUGUCAGUGGCUCUGUGGAGCAGAAUGUUGAGAGCAAGCAUCACUGCUGGAGCAUUUCUCCUACUUUAUACAUUCUCUCAAGUUACAGGUUUGUGGGUUCUUUACAUGCUGAAUGGAUACAGAGCUUUUCCAGCAGCACAUAAAGUGCUGGACCUCCUCCAAUACCUUCUGUCAACUACUGACUCCUCUGACCAACAGAUGGAGAUUUGGAGAAUUGAGUGUGUGUGUCCACUUUUAGCAACGCUGUUCCUUGGAGUGGUGAUCCUUGGCGCUGGAGCAUUGUUCUGCAUUAGAAUUUUGGUGCCAGGAAGCUCCACUGGCUUCCCUGAUGACCGUCGUCAAUCUAUGAGCAGACAGCCAUCCUUCACUUACUCAGAGUGGACUGAUGUUAAGCAGGAUGAUUUCUAUGAACUUGAUGCAGUUCCAGAGACACCUGUAUUUGACUGCUUUAUGGAUAUGAAGACAGAAAGUGACCCUACUACUCUCACAGUCAAACCCGUGGGCCUGCAAGAAAGGAGAGGCUCAAAUGUAUCUCUGACUUUGGAUAUGUGCACUCCUGGCACCACUGAGCCAUAUGGCGCACUGUUGUCUCCUCGAGAGCAGAGUGCACAACAGUACCUGGAGAAUGCAUCAUAUCUUCUCACUCCUGGACAGCUACACAAGCGUGCUUUAGACGACGCUUCACUGCAAGCUGAGUUCUAUGAGACACCUAUGAAUUUUGUAGACCCAAAGGAAUUCAAUAUCCCAGGUGUGGUGAGGAAGAAUCGUUACAAAACCAUCCUGCCAAAUACACACAGUAGAGUUUGCCUUCAAUCAACAGAGGAUGACUUUCUCAGCACUUACAUCAAUGCCAACUACUUGAAGGGCUAUGGUGGGAAGGAGAGGGCAUACAUUGCCACACAGGGUCCAACUGUAAAUACAGUAGGAGAUUUCUGGAGGAUGGUUUGGCAAGAACACUGCCCAAUCAUUGUCAUGAUUACAAAUCUUGAGGAGAAAAAUGAGAAAUGCACUGAAUACUGGCCAGAAGACACUGUCAUCUGGGAAGGCAUUGAGAUCACUGUCAAACAAGUUAUCCAGGCAGAUGACUACAGUUUGAGGAUCUUCACUGUGAAGUUUGAGGGUGAGGAGCGCAAUCUCAGGCACUACUGGUACACAUCAUGGCCAGAUCAGAAAACUCCAGACAAAGCCCCGCCUCUUUUACAACUGGUUCAAGAAGUAGAGGAAGCAAGGAAAAAGGCUGCACCUGAUAGUGGCCCCAUCAUUGUUCACUGCAGUGCAGGAAUCGGCCGCACCGGCUGCUUUAUUGCCACUACUAUCCUGUGUGAGCAGCUGAGACGUGAAGGAGUGGUGGACAUUUUGAGAACAACCAGCCAGCUGCGUUUGGAGAGGGGGGGCAUGAUUCAGACAGCGGAGCAGUACCAGUUUGUGCAUCAUGUGCUCAGCCUGUAUGAGAGGCAGCUGAGUCAGAGAUCAGAAGAAUAGCGUCUCCAACAGCAAACCCAAUGAGUCUAUGAGUCUGUCAACACUUCACAUCUGCCAGCACCAGACCUGAGCCAAACAUGAAUACAUUCUUCUUGUGACAGACUGUAUUACACUAUUAU